UUCUCAUCCCAGAAUAUGAAAAAUUCUGCCAUCAAAACUUCUGUUGUCGCGACCCAACACCUAACCUAGAGCAUGGUACCCGUUCGGACAGCUGUUUUCACCUGAAUUCGUCGAUGUUUCGCGACUCGUGAAACUUGAGUGUCUGCUCUAAGAUUUGUUGGAUCCAAUUUUCAUAGCGCUGCAAUGAUGGCCCUGCGCCUCGUGUCGCAGCAGGCUGUCGCAGGCUUAAUGAAACGGCCCACGCAGCGGGGAGCAUUGGGCUCUGUUUACGGCAGUCAUGAACAAGUCAGGACUGUAGUUAACAACAAGCACAAGGAUCCCAAGUUCAAGAACUUGCGAAGAUUAAAAGUUACUACACAAAUGCCAAUGAAAUAUACUAACAAUGUUGAGUUAGCUAUAAGAGACGGCUUCAUUCAAAAUAUUCCCAAUUUAAAAAAGCUUUGGAGAGAACGUGACAUGUCUAUAACAGGUUCCUCCACUUUGGCGGAAGAAUUUGUCCCACCAGAGAAUCAGGGGCUGGCCAUAACUGAGGAAGUUAAAAAGAAAUGGAACAAUAUAGGGAGUUUUGGAAAAGAUAAAUUGGCUGUAAGGAAAAUAAGACAAUUUGAAACUGAAUUUAAUUUGAAAGCAUUUUUAGGGGAAGCUCAAGAAACUUACAUUAAAGCACAUGAGUGUCUUGCUGAGAGGAGCAACUGGGAAAAUCUCAAUGACUAUGUUACGGAAUAUGCAAGAGUAGCAAUGCUAAUGAAUGCAUCACAACGUACCAUUCGCUGGAAAUUUCUAGAGUCGCUGGAAGAACCUAAGGCUGUCCAAGUAAGAUGUUUUAAAUUGGAUGAAGAUCUAAGUAUGUUUGCACAAAUCACAGUGAGAUUUCAUUCACAACAAUGUCUCGCAGUAUAUGACAGAUUUGGAAGGUUGCUCUAUGGAAGUGAAGUAUUAGCCAAAGAUGUCUUAGAAUAUGUUGUUUUUGAGAAGCACUUGAGUAAUGAAUACGGUGUUUGGAGAGUUCAUGCCAAGCUUAUCCCUCAAGCCCGUAUCAGGAUGGCUGAGCAAACAUUUGUAGCUCCUAAAGAAGAACCCCAAGAAACUUCUUCUGUGGUGACUGAACCUGCUCCUGAAGCGGUGGCAGCCAACACUAACUAGUUUGACGAUUAAAUAAAUUGGUUCAACCUUGAUUUUGGGGAAACAAUACCAACUUGCUUCGUUUUGAGUUCAGCAUACAAUGUGUGAAAUAAUAAAACAUGGAAUGUUAACAAA